GAUCGACACGUAUAUCGAUCCGCCCACCCCUACUAUCCAGCCGCGUAAUGGCGAGCUAACAGCAGCACGACUGUAAACGACUUAAUUCCAUCUUCUUUGAAGACGUGAAAAAGGCUGAAACAUGUCGGUCAUGUAGUUGUAUCCCUCCGCAAUUCUGACUUUGAAUCCGAUAAUGCCGAAGAUGAAACUACCGAUGAAAACGGGCGACGAAGGUGGCGACGAAACGCCAGAUGAAGAUUCAUUGGAUCGGUCGGAACACCAACACAUCCCCGGGACGGGUUCGGCCAGACCUGUAGAUCCAACCCAGCUGGACAAGGAGACUGUUUUUGAGUGGUUCGGCCUUCACCUCAACCCCGCCAGGAGGAUCGAGUUCAUGUGCGGGCUGAUGCAUAUGUGCCAACCCCUGGAGCUCCGCUUUUUAGGCUCGUACUUGGAGGACCUCGCCCGGAAAGACUAUCACGUUUUACGGGACUUUGAUUUUCGCGCUAAUAAUCAGCAGGAGUUGUCGGUUUUAACGGACGUGAUCGACCCGGUAGUGAGGGCCAAACUACUGGUGUGUGUGUCGCUGCUAGGGUCUGACAGCAGGGAAUGUGCUGGGGUACUCUUUCGCAUUCUGAGCCAUGUAGACCCGGCCCUGUUCUACAAGAACUACUCCCUUCCUCCAUUCAGGGACCCUCACCACCUCUCCUUCCACUCGGCGUGUCAGGACGGGAAUAUGUGCCGGAGGACGGAGCCAACCUGCGGCUUCUCAACUACAGAUAUCCCCGCCGGACCUUUGAACCAGUUAGCGCUGCUUUUCACUAUGGCGUCGCUACACCCGGCUUUCCAUUUCCACCAGCGGGAGGCGCUUCGGGAGCAGCUGGAUAAAAUUGAGGUUGCAAUAGAAGAGGAGGGACGUCGUCUUGUUAUGAACGCAAAAACAACUGAGAUGCCAGGCCAGAAAGGUGAAUACCUGCCCUCCUCGUCCCUCUUGGGGGAAUGUGCAGACUCCCAUCCUCCCUGUCAAAGCCGACGCUCCAGACGGCGGGCGAUAAAACGAGAAGCGGUGCAUAUUGAGGGAAUUGUGCUGAAGUGCAUAUCUCGGACCAGAAUAGACAAGGAAUACACCUUUGAGGUGAAGUGGUCCGACUCUUCCUCUAGUAAUGUGACCAAAACUCAUCUGGAACUGGAGAAUUUCCUUUUUAAGCUUCCUAAAGAUCAGUGCACUGAGACUUUUGAGAAGGGCCUGCUGAGGCUUUUGAGCCAGGGGGACCAUUAUGAGAGCAGAGAGGUCGAGGAAAGCCUCAGGGAAAAGUUCCUAGCUGCCCCUCCUGUUUUCAGACAGACCAGAAAGGUGUGCAGCUUCUUCAAUUGUGACUCCAGUUACUCGACAAAACUCUCUUGCUGCCGAUGCAACUCUCAGAUGGGGAAAAACUUCCAAGGAGAUUGUUCUGACGCAUCCAGUCAGGACGAAGAAUCAUACAGCCAGGGGCACAAGAAAAAGCAUGGAGCCAAGAGCACAAGUCAAUGUCUGUCUUGUGCAAAAGGCCCUCAGGGAGAGAGUCGAAGGGGGACUCACGCUGCCGAGCUCAGUGGUCCAGCAGAAAGGAGGAAGAGAGGCUGCACCCUGAGGAGCAUGCAGGAAUCCGAACAGGACACACAGAAGAGAAGCCACCCAGUCGCCAAGACUAAGAACAGAGUCCUGCCCCCUGACAGAGACAUUGCAAAGGGAUCCUGUGUGACCAAUGGUAAUCUGGUACCAAAUGUUUUGUCUCAAAAGAAAGGUUUGGUUGCAGUUGAGGGUUCCGGUCUGGACACGUUUGGUGAAACGUCAUCAGAGAGCUACAGCUCCCCAUCGACUCCCCAACACAGAGGAGCAGAGAGCCUGGAAAGCGAGGACGAUAACGACAAAGACACCGACAGCCACUCUGACGACUCCUGCAAAUUACCCGGCCCCGGCGUGUUCUUCGCGCAGCAGACUGACCCAAGCGUAGUGGAGAAGGUCAUGUCUGUCCAUCCUUUACCUCCCAACAACCACACAGCCCUGAUGGACUUCCCAGGCCCGGACAACAACAUGCAGUUUCCCCGUCUUUCCUUAAUGCAUCGUCUGCCUUAUGUGCUCCCGAGUGGUGCCUGUGACCCUCCACUUGCAGUGCCUCCACCUCCCAGCCUAAGUGUUCUCCCAGAUGGAAAGCCACCUUCUGGUCCAAUGGUUAUGCAGAUGCCUCCAGUGGCUCCAGUUCAGUCGGGCCCUGUAGAAACAGAGAAAAGGGACAUCAUCCCAACUUUUGGGAUCCCAUCUAUUGGUUUCCAACUUUUAGGAGGCACUGGUGUGCAGCCUGUGGUCCAGAGGUUCAAAACAUCCUUGCCACAUAGCCAAGGUGGUCAUGAUGGAGUGUCAGGGAGCACUUCUACUCCUGUCACCUCACAGCCUGCACAGCAAGCCCCAGCGCGAGGAGCUAUGAGCGUCUCGUCUUACCCCACCUCCCCUGCUACGCCUCUGCCUUGUCAGGAUGUCGCCACUAUGACUCCACCGUCACUGCCUCUGGGAGAGACUUCACAAACCAAACACCCUGCUUUAACCUUACCUUCUGGUCUGCCGUCACCUUACAGCGUGCCCCCUGGAGGUGCACCUGCAGCUACUGGAACAGUUUCUUCUCCUGGACACGUGCAAGCUGCUGUUCCUCCAGCCGUACCCACACACACGCCAGGCCCCGCCCCCAGCCCCAGCCCAGCACUUACUCACAGCGCGCCACACAGCGACUGCAUGUCAUUCAGCAACACCAGUGCUUCCUGUGGAAGCGGCCCUGGCAAUCCUCUUGCUUUUCAACAAACCCACCACCAAGUCCCUCCCCAGCCGCCGGCACCGCUGCCAUCGCCACAGCAGCUGAUGGGCUGCGGGACCUGCGGCUGCCACAACAACUGCGGCGGCCGAGGCAGCAGCAACAGCGUGAGCGGCUGCCAAGCGCCGCUGUUCUUCCCCAACCACCAAAUGGCGGCAGCGGCGGCGGCGGCAGCAGCGGCACGCCAGGUCGUUCCACCGCCUCUAUUCCAACUCACAAGCCUGUGCAUCAACAGCUACCUCACCCAGGGCCAGCAGCCGCCCCACCAGGCCAACGGGGGUGCCUCCCUGCCCGCCUUCUACCCCACGGCCCCGCCCCCCUACGGCCCCCUCCACUCGCAUUCUCACAGCCACACAGACGUGCCGUCACACAUGCUGAGCACCCAGGUGGUGGCGGCCGCGGCGGCCGCGAGCUACAACCUCCAGCAGCAGAUGACGCCGGCCGCUUCGUUUUUCCAGCGCGUUUACCAGCAGGCCUACCCAAAUCCCCUCGGCAUGCUCCCCACUGCUGCCCUGGGGGGCGGUGGCGUUAACAAGAAGAACGGGAGCAUGUCUUGUUGCAACUGCGGCGUGACCGGACACUACGCUCAGGACUGCAACCAGCCCUCCAUAGACUCCUCACAGCCAGGUAGCUUCCGGUUAAGGUACUCGGCUUCCCACGUUUCCGAAGCACUUGACAGCGCUUACUGAAAAAGUCAAACCGAUGAAGAAGUUGUUUCCACAGGGAUGGUAAACUGUGUGUGCGUGCGUGCGUGCGUGUGUGUGUAACGGUGGUUUAAAAACACACAAAACCUGACCUGCUAAGGGCUCAGCGGACAAAUCUGAAGACGGUUGUGCCUGAAUCUUGUUGAGAAGAAUUGUCUCAUGAGCUUACAAGUCCUUUCCUUUCAGUUGAGUUUGGAUGUUUUUGCACUGAGGGUUGGGAAACAUUUAACUUAUUAUUACUUGAUUGUUGGUAUCGUUAAGAGAACUUUUUUAAAGUGACCGUCAGCCUGGGCCACAGCGAUUUAAAAACACCAUAUUUAUGCUUUGUCAACAUUUACUGGCCAUAGGAAGAUUUUACUCGUUUCAAGGAUUAAAACGAUAAUCAAAGUGUAACGUUAAGAACUUGUUCUGUCUUUUGACUUCACGUUUUUGAAUGUCCACUUCAUGUAAGGAUGGGAGACGUCAUGCUUUUUAUCGCCACUCAACGGCUGUGUCUCAAAUCAGAUACUUCCAUCAGUACACUUGCAUCGCGAUACCGUGUAGCCUGUGUACUUACUUUGAGUGCCCAAAGUUUGACAGCAGUGCUGACCCACUUAGGUCAGUGUACUGUGCUGUGUACUUCCAGAGUGUGCACUUUGUGACAGUAGCGCUGACCUAAAUACACUUAAAUAGCUAUACUGUGUGUACUGCGUGCUUAGUUCCUGAGUGUGUAAAUUUUGUGAGUGUAGUGCUGUCCCAAAUCCAUGACGGUCGAUGUGCACUUACCGGAAAUGAUGUCUCAAAUGGAAUACUGUAAUUUCUUCAGUACACUUACAUAAGUACACUGCAUACUUAAUUCCUGAGUGUGCAAAGUUUGUCAGUGUAGUGAAAUCCAUUUUUGUCGAUGCACACCUAAAAUGAUGUCGCAAAUGGAGUACAGUACUUUAAGUACACUUAAACAGUACACUGUGUGCUUACUUCCUGGGUGAACAAAUUUUGUCGGUGUAUGGCUGUCCCAAAUCCAUUACUGUCAAUGCAACACUUACCGAAAAUGUCUCAAAUAGAAUAUGGUAUUUUCUUCAGUACACUUAAAUAAGUACACUGUGUGCACUGUGUACUUAGUUCCUGCAUCUGUUGAUGCGCACUUACCAGAAAUGUCCCAAAUCCAUUACUGUCGCUGCGCACCUACCGGAAAUGAUGUCUCAAAUAGAAUACUGUAUAUUCUUCAGUACACUUACAUAGGUACACUGCGUACUACUUUGCGAGUGAGCACAUUAUGACAGUGCAGUGCUGUCCCAAAUCCAUUACUGUCGAUGCGCACUUACUGGAAAUGAUGUCUCAAAUGGAAUUUUCUUCAGUGCACUUAAGUUGGUAUACUGUGUACACAGUGCACUUUGUUUGAGUGUGCAAAUUUUGAGCGUACACAUUACUGUGGACUCUAAAUUGUCCAUAAGUAUGAAUGUGAGUGUGAAUGGUUGUUUGUCUAUAUGUGCCCUGCGAUUGGCUGGCGACCAGUCCAGGGUGUACCCCGCCUCUCGCCCGAAGUCAGCUGGGAUAGGCUCCAGCAUACCCUAGUGAGGAAAAGAAUGGACGGACAUUACUGUGCAUGCGCACUUACCGGAAAUUAUGUCUCAAAUGGAAUACUUCGUUCAGUACACUAAAAUACUAUUAGUGACCAAAUUUUCACAGUAGUGCUGCCCCCAGUUGAUUACUGUUGAUGCGCACUUACCGGAAAUGAUGUCUCAAAUACAGUAUUUUCAUCAGUACACUUAACUUCGCAAACUGCACACAGUGUACUUUCUUCCUGAGUGCUCACGUUUUGACAGUGUAGUGCUGUCCCAAAUCCAUUAUUCUCUAAAUGCACUUACUGGAAGUUAUGUUUCAAAUGGAAUCCUUUGGUCAGUACACUUAAGUCAGUACACUGUGUAAUUAGAUCCUAAGUGCACAAAUUUUAACUGUAGUGCUGUCCCAAAUUCAUGACUGUCGUUGCGGACUUAUUGAAAAUGAUGUGUCAAAUGUAAUUUUUCCAGUACACUUAGGGUAUAGCGUUUACACUGUGCACUUAGUUCUUGAGUGUGCAAAGUCAGUCCCAGCUCGAUUACGGUUGAUGAUGCGCACGCAUGGGAAAUGCUUCUGUUCACGACUCUCCACCGCAAACGGGUCGCCGUUAUUUCAAGUUAGCCGCCCACCCGCUGUGAAGUCACCAAUACCGUCAUGGUGGUUUUGGCGCUGCAUUUUUGCUGUACUCGGUAGCAACACACUUAGAAGUCUGAGUACGGAAGUGCAUGAAUUGAGACACAGCUAAUGAGUUCAUAGUUGAAGGUAAUUGCUGCUUUGAACUUGUAUUGUGUUGUUUUAACAUUUUACUUUUUUUUUUAAUGUGCACUACACCACGGAGCUGGGAGGGGGAAAACAUUCAAUCUGAGCAUUUCAAGCAAGGCUUUACUCUGCGUCGUCAACGUCCGACGGCCUGCAGAUACUGUAAAAAUACAGUAAAUAGGAAAAUGUGUUCUUACUUAGUCCAGUAAAUACGCGCCAGUCGGCUAAUAUGAACUCUUCGCCUGCUAGAAUGCAAGAUUGUUUUGCUGCGUGUUACUUGAACGCCAACAUUUUCACUCAAGUCGUCUUUAACUUGUGCUUGAAAUCAGACGGUGGCUGGUGUGUCUCAAAUGGAACACUUCCGUCAGUACACCGUGUAAGUAAGUGCGCCAAUUGAGACACAGCGGCAAUUUUUCGGCAUAUCCUCGGGAGGUAUCUAAAACUAGCAUGCUAAAUAGUCUUGAACACUUGAUUAAAACACACUGAAGCGUUACAGCCGUCGUGUCAUUGGAGUCGCAUCUUUAGGCUUGAGUGGGUUUAUGCCAUCCAUUUGUUGUUGUUGUUUUUUUGACCACUUGCCUGUUUAGGGUCGUGUGGAAGCUGGAACCUAUCCCAGCUUGCCUCCAGUCAGGCACAUAGCCAAGCAUACAGUCACUGAGCGGGACUCCAUCCCAGCCAUGUCAACCACUACAUUCUAUCCACACGCUAACUUUAAGUAUUAAAAAAAAGUAGUGUACAUAUGCGAGGGGUCGCUCUUGUAUCCCGCUCAGUGGAAAUGUUUACUGUACUCUUUGAUACUGGAAGGCCUGAUAUAUUUCUAGAGCAGAAUUUGGAUUUUAUGCAAAAUGUUAACUGUUUCCUUUUCAAUUAAAAGCAAUAAAUGAGAGAGGGGGGAGAAAAAAAGAAGAAAGGUGUCACAUUUUGUCCAGAGUGGUGUGCAUGAACUGAAAAUGGCAUUUUUGUAUGUAAGGUUUUUGAAAACCUCAUGGUCAACACACAUUUUCCAAAAAAUCUUACUUGUAAAAAAAAAAAAAAAAAUCAUAAUUGAAGGUUUAUAAUAGCAAACAGUCGCCACUAGUGGGUGCUGUACGUUUUUCGCCCACGCACUUUUCUUCUGGGAGAGCUUGAAUGAAUGAAAUUGACAAUUGUUUUCAACACACGACACAGUAGAUCCCCGCUGUGCGCGGGAACAACCCCCCAGCAAAUGGUGGAAAACCGCAAUUAAUGUACGCACCCAUACAGUCAACUGCAAUUUCACGCCUCGUCAACGCCUCUUCUUGCUGGAA